AUUGCCUCCCCUCCUCUCAGGUCUCCAGUGUCACUCUCUUCAAAGCCACCCAGAGGUCUCCAGUGUCACUCUCUCCAAAGCCACCCAGAGUCUUGCAGAAAGGAAAGAAAACAGAUUGUUCUUUGUUUGUCUGAAGACGCCCCAAAUUUAUCUGGUGACUCAUUCUUUGUAGCUGCAGCUAUGGGAGGAGCACUUUUCAGUCAGCCGUGGAGGCCUUUGCCAAAGAACAAUGAAAACCUCAAUUUUGUGAACUCUUACCAACCUCAAAACAAUGAAAUCAGUUCUCUCAGAAUUCUGCUUCAUGGACCAGCCGGUGCUGGGAAGUCCAGUUUCAUCAGCUCUGUUGACUCUGUCUUACAAGGCAGAAUCAGUGGUCGAGCUUUGUCAGACACAAUCGGUGGGAAGAGCUUUACCCAAAUAUAUAAAACCUUCCGUUUCCGCAAAAAUGCAAACCACUUUCAUCCUUUCAUUAUGACUGACAUCAUGGGCUUAGAGAAAAAUGAGAGAAACGGAGUUCCUCUGGAGGACCUGAAAUUGGCCCUGAAGGGACACGUGAAAGAAGGUUACAAGUUCAUUCCUGGGCAGCAGAUCUCAGAUCCCAGUUACAACUCGUCUCCCACUCUGGAUGAUCGCGUUCACGUCCUGGUUUGUGUCUUUCCUGCUGGUUCUGCGUCUUUGAUAAGUGAUGAAGUUGUGAAGAAGAUGAGAGAAGUCAGACUAGCAGCCAGUGAGAUGGGGAUUCCUCAACUGGCGAUUCUCACCAAGGUUGAUGAAGCCUGUCCUAAUGUUAAACAAAGUCUAAAGAAUAUCUACAAGAGCAAGUACCUGAAGGAACAGGCUGAAAAAUUCAGCAUGUUGCUGGGCCUUCCAUUGAACUGCAUCUUUCUUGUGAAGAACUAUGAAUCAGAACUCACCACGACUGAGGAUGUUAAUGCUCCAAUACUGUAUGCACUGAGACAGAUGAUCACGUUUGGAGAAGACUUCCUCAACGACCUGAACAGCUAAAUACUGCUGAGGAAAAUCUUUGACCUUUAAACAAUAUCAAGUUCUUUCUGCAUCAUGAUUUUUGCUUUUGUGUAAUUCACAUACGCAAGUAUACAUAAAGUGGUGUGGUGGUUAUGGUAGCAAUAGUAGUAACAAUAAUAAUGGCUGUAGCUGUAGAGAGUAGUAAUAGAAUUAAAACAGAUUAUGAUUAAACAGUAGUAGUCGCAGUAGGUUUCAAGCAGGACCGCAGCAGGAGGUCCAACCACGAUCCAUGGGAACCGGCGGGACGAAAAACUGAUAUAUUUCCUGGUUUCUCUGGUGUUGGUGAUGUCACGCUGACAUCACUGGGUUAAACCCAGCUGAGGGGUUUUCUCUUGAGUAGCAAUGUUUUGUUUGGUUCAUUUUAAGCGUUGCCUUAAGGAUGUCUUGAGAUUACUAAUCUAUACAAAUUCAUUGAAUCAAUUCUUUGAUAAAAUCAUUUCUCAUCUGAAUGCAUUUGCAAGUCAGAAAAAAGCUUCAGUGUGGUUAAAAAUACCAAAUGUAGUGUGAUUUGUAUUUAAUAAAACAUAUAUUUUCACGAUA